AUGGUGCGCGUCCAUCGCAGGCUGCUCCGCUUCACGCUGAGCGCCCUCGCGUCUCGUGUCUGUGUGUCUUGUGUCGGCAAGCGGCCCCUGUGUGCACCCAAGCAGACGCGCAGACGCUCGGGCGCGCAGAGCCUGAGCCAGCGGGAACCCAGACCGCGUCUGAGAGCAGGGAAAUCACACAGUUACAAGGACAGGAAGAAUAGUCAAUGGAAGAGCAUCAACAGUGGAGCGACGAGCACCCCAGACGUCUCAGUGGCCACCUCUGCCAGAACAUAUCAAGUCCGGUUGAAAAAGCCAGCCUCAAAAGUCUGCCAACACCCUUUCCCCUUCCUCGCCUCCCCGUCCCAUUCCUGCGAAGCGAAGCGGCGGCGGCAGCAGCAGUACCCCUGCACCCAGCGCCAUCAGCAAUGCCAACAGGGCCCGAGUGCUCAGCCUCAGCCUGCCCCGCGCCCAGCCUCGCUCCUCGCUCCUCCUUCGGCAAUCUCGGCCAGGCCUCGCAGCAAUCGAAAAGGGGGGAAAGGGGGUGCAGCCUCGUCGCGAUCCACACCACACCACCCCGCUGCCACCCUGGGAACUCAAGUGCAGCUCACCUCCAUCCAUCCAGGGGUCGCGAUCACUAGCAAGGGGGCUCCACUGAAUCACCAAGCUGCCAACAGCCACCUCUCAGGUUUGGAUCACACUGGCUUGGAUUCCCAGUAUGAAAAUUCUCCUUGGAGUUCUGGCAGCGACUCGAACAGCAACUGGGGAAAAGUCAUUGUAGAGGGUUGUGACAAGGGACAGUGGCCCUCCAUCACUGGCAGUGACCCAGAGUUAGCCUCAGAAUGUAUGGACGCUGACUCUGCCUCCAGCUCCGGGUCGGAGAAAAACCUUAGUAUAAUGGCUUCUGGGAACACUGGCAGCGACAGCAACGGCAAUAGACAAGGCAGCAAUGGUCAGAGCUCCCCAUUUAUGGUUGCAAAUGGCAGCAAUAACGUUGGCAAUGGGAGUGUCAAGGGGCCUUGGGGCGUUUCCAAUGGCCCGAUGCUAAGCACAUGCCAAGGCUCAGGAGAGAACCCUGGUGGCAAGCUGGCUGAAAACAGCCAUGGCAAAUUAAAUGCAUGGGGUACCCAAGGUCCCUCAACCAAUGGAGGUAUAAAUCCAAGCACUUUGAACCCAAAUGCCAACCAUGGUGCCUGGCCUGUUCUGCAGAACACUGGGCCUAACCCCCUCGGGAAUGGUGGCACCAACACACAACGAAGCACCGUAGGUCAAAUGCCCAGCCUUCAGAGUAGUAUUAACUCUCCGAUGUCCUGGGGGACCCUGCAGGACGGCAUGGCCGAGUCCGACGUCAGCGGUACAAGCAAGCUUCCAAGUGGGCAGCCUCAAAACCUUAACACUGAAAUGAAUGGACCAAAUAACACUACUAACACGUUGACCUCUAGUUUACCAAACUCUACAGGUUCAGUGCAGAUGAGCGAGCAGUCCGCAGGGCACCGAGCCUGGUCUGUGAGCUCAGGGGGCUCCCCGCAGCUCCCCAUGCCCUCUCCCGUCUCCAACGGCACUUCCAUUUCUCAGCAGCAGCAGCAGCAGCAGCAGCAGCAUGGCAACGGCGGCGAAGGAACGAACGGCGGGUCGUACGGUACGUCGUGGGGCGCUCCGCCCGGCACUACUUAUUCCGGAGACAAAUGCCCCGCGCCCAAAGGCCCCGCCGCGGGCGACACUGUGAACGCAACUCUAAUGCAGCCGGGGGCCAACGGCUCGGUCUCCGCCAACACCAAUGCUCCCUUCAAGAAUAAUAUCGGCAGCAACGGGCUAGCCAGCCGCGGAGGAGGCUGGGAUUCGGCCCCCGCCGCCGGCCAGCAACAAGAUGUCUCCGCCUGGGGGACGGGUAAUAACGGCAUGGGCUCCGCCAGCAUCCCCAGGCCCUGGGGCAGCGUGUCUUCGUCCUCCUCCUCUUCCUCCUCCUCCUCUUCUUCAAACACUGGCACUAAGGUCUCCAACGGGGAGUGGAACCCACUGCCCGGCAACAAUCAGCAUUCCAAUGACGGCACAAACGUGGGCAGGAAGGGAACAAACGGCUGGAAGUCCCUGGAGGAUGACGCCCUGGGCUUGGGCGGCGGCAGCGGCGGCAGCGGCGGCGGAGGAAGCAGCGGGCCGACCUCUCAGGGCAGCACAUGGAACAAGUCCACGGGCAGCGAGGGCAGCGGCGAGAGCUCCUGCGGCCGUGGCGAGCGGAGCGGCAGCGGCAGCGGAAACCGGCGAAGGGUCAACCCGCCGGGCCCCAUCACCGCGCCGCUGCCCCGGGUGGACGUCGACCCCCGCGUCCUGUCCAACACCGGCUGGGGCCAGACGCCCGUCCGGCAGAACACGGUCUGGGACGUCUCCAGCACGGAGAAGAAGCCGGUCCCGGACAUGUCCGGCUGGGGCACCGCAGCCCCGCAGCAGACGUCCAGCUCCGGCGGAGGAUGGGGAGACGGGCCCGGCAACAACAACAACCACCACCACCACAACAACAACAACCACCACCACGGUAACAACGAUGGAUCCACCAUGUCAGGGUGGGGCGAUCCAAAGCCAUCCUCUGGAUGGGGCGACUCCAAAGGCCAGAGCGGGCAGUCCGGAGGCUGGGAGGACAGUUCAAACAAAUGGGGUGGCGGCAAGGAAAAGCCCUCCUCCUCCACCUGGAUCAACGCCCCCAAGACCAAACAGGGCUGGGGCAACAACUCCAGCGGAGACGGAGGCUGGGGCAAUGGAGGUGGUGAUGACGGCGGCUCGCGCGGAAACCACUGGGGUGAACCCCAGAAGCCCAGCACGGGAACCUGGGAACGGGACGGCGACAACGACCGUUCCGGCUCGGGCUGGAACGAUAGGGGUCGCGGCGGCGGCGGCACUAACAACAGCAGCAGCAGCAGCAGCAACAACACCUGGGGCGGCAACGGUGGCGGCAACGCCCCUGACCAGAACGGGCCGGCGAGCAGUGGCUGGGGAGAACCCCAGAAACCCAGCACUCAGAACCAGAGCUGGGGGGCCGAGCCGCCCAAACCCAGCCACGCCUGCAGCGCCCCCGAGUGGGGCAAGCCACCGCAGGAUGCCAACAGCGGAUCCUUCCGUGGAGCCCCCAAUCCCCAGACGGGCGGCCCUGGCCCCAACAAAGCCCCUGGUUGGCUGGGAGGCCCCAUCCCCACUCUCCAGAAGGACGAGCACUCCACGGGCUGGGAAGAGCCUUCCCCCGAGUCCAUCAGGCGCCGCAGGGAGAUUGACGACGGCACGACAGCGUGGGGAGACCCCCACAAAUACAACUAUGGCAGUAUGAACAUGUGGAAUAAGAACAUGGCUACAGAUCAGCCCAUGGAGGGACCCCCGCCCCCACAACAGCAGCAGCAGCAGCAGCAGCAACAACCCCCACCGCAGCCCCAGCCCCCCCAGGUCCCAACCAACAUGGCUCCCAAGGAGAAGACUUGCAGCUCAGGUUGGGGAGAGACGUACACUGCGCCACAGAAGAUGGAGUCCUCCACUUGGGGUGAGCCGCCUGGACCACCGGUCUCCGUGGACAACGGCACCUCAGCCUGGGGCAAGCCCAUGGACACGGGGUCCGGUUGGGAGGAUCCGAACAGAGAUGGUUCUGGCAACAUGGGCUGGGGCAACUCAUCCAUGGGCCAGCACCAGCAGCCUCCUCCGCACAAGCCUGUAUCCAAACCUAUGCAAGACAACUGGUGUGGAGAAGAGAUCCCCAUGCAAGGGACGGGAAUGCAUUCAAACUGGGGGGCGGAGGAAGAGGAGGAGGUGGAGAUCGGUAUGUGGAAUAACAACACCUCACAGGAGACCAACCAAUCUGGAAACUGGUCCUACAUGAAGAAGAUGCCUCCAAAGAUGCAUAAAGGUGUUGGUAAGCAAGAAGAUCCAUGGAUGACUCCGUUUGUGAAGCAGUUCAACAAUUCAAUGAAUUUCUCAAGAGAAUCUGAAGAAUCCCACAAGAGCAAUAAGAUGGACAUGUCUGGUGGAAUGAUGACUGACAAGAGAAUGGACGUUGACAAGCAUGUUAUGAACAUGGGCGACUACGGCAAGAAUGCCGCCUCUCGCCACCAGAUCCACAAAGACUCCUUGGACCGCAGUAGCUACUUUGAUAAGAAUGUAAACCCAAUGUUUGGUGGUAGCAAUGCAGCAGCACAAGGCCGGAGCUCCCAGCAGCCUUCAGCACAGCCUCUGAACUCUGCGCAGCCCAAUCUCCGUACUCAAGUGCCUCCACCUCUACUGCCCUCUCAGGUCCCUCCGUCUUUGAAGUACCCUCCCAAUAAUGGAAGUCUGAACCCCCUGUUCAACCCUCAGCAGGUUGCCAUGCUCAACCAGCUGUCCCAACUGAACCAGCUGUCUCAGCUCUCCCAGAUCGGCCAGUUGCAGCGCCUCCUUCUCCAGCAGCAGCAGCAGCAGCAGCAGCAGCAGCAGCAGCAGCAGCAGCAGCAGCAGCAGAAGAUGAAUCCCAGGGCCAUGCCCGUUGGUGGGCGUCAGCAGGAGCCACAGGGUCGCCCCCUGGGCCCCUCUCAGCAGAUGAUCCAGCCGCCGCGCCACCUCGACCCCUCCCUGCUGAAGCAGCAGACCUCUCCGCAGCCUCCCUCCCUGCACCAGCCGGGCCUCAAGUCCUACCUGGACAGCCUCAUGUCCCAGCAGAACGCGUCAGACAUGCAGAAAGAGCAGGCCAGCGCCAUGAGCUCGUUCACUAAUUUCCCUUUAGGUGGGUGUCCUCCCCAUCCCCAUUCCCGUCCCACGCUAAGCCAGGCCGAGUCUCUGUUGCACCAACACGCUGGCAAGCCCAACAUGAUGUUUGCCUCCGAGAUGGCAGGCUGUGCUCCCGCUGGCAGUAGUCAGGCCCAUAGCCUCCUUAGCCCAGCCCUGAGCAACGGUCACAUGGGGCCGGGCUCACCCCUCCCAUCCCGGUCCGGGAGGACCUUUGCCUGUCCCGAGAACAACACAAUGUCAAGAGGUUUGACCUCGAAUGUAAGCAAUCUAGACAUCGGCAGUGUUGGUUUCAAGGAGCCCCAGUCCCGUCUGAAGAAGUGGACUGCCAUGGACAUUUCCAACUCGCCACUUGAUCAAAAUCCCAGCAAACCUGGUGCUAUGUCCUCUGGUUUGAGGCUUGAGGACUCCCCCUUUGGUCCGUAUGACUUCAUGAACGCCAGCAGCUCCCCCCUCAGUCCUCCUGGGUCAGUGGGGGACGGCUGGCCCAACCGUGCCAAAUCACCUCAUGGUUCCAGCAACGUCAACUGGCCACCAGAAUUCCGACCUGGUGAGCCCUGGAAAGGAUAUCCAAACAUUGACCCUGAAACUGACCCCUUCGUCACUCCUGGCAGUGUGAUCAAUAAUCUCUCCAUUAAUACAGUGCGGGAUGUUGAUCACCUCAGGGACAGGAACAAUGGGCCAUCCUCAUCACUUAACACCACGCUGCCUUCAAAUAGUGCCUGGUCAUCCAUUCGUGCCUCCAACCACAGUGGUUCCCUCAGCAGUACAGCACAAAGCACUUCAGCCAGAAACAGUGACUCCAAAUGGUCCCCUGGUACAGUCACCAACACCUCUUUGGCUCAUGAACUGUGGAAAGUUCCUCUCCCCCCUAAAGGCCUCUCCGCUCCGUCCCGUCCCCCUCCCGGCCUCACCGGCCAGAAGCCGCCGCCCUCGUCCUGGGACAACAGCUCCCUCCGGCUGGCGGGCUGGUCUGGUGCUGAGUCCAGAUAUACUCCUGGCUCCAGCUGGGGUGAUAGCAGCUCAGGGAGAACUAAUUGGCUCGUUCUCAAAAAUCUUACACCUCAGAUCGACGGAUCCACCCUGCGCACUCUGUGCAUGCAGCACGGCCCACUGAUUACAUUCCACCUGAACCUGCCCCACGGUAACGCUGUGGUCUGUUACAGCUCCAAGGAGGAGGCAGCCAAAGCUCAAAAGUCUCUGCACAUGUGCGUUUUAGGGAACACUACUAUUCUUGCUGAGUUUGCUAGCGAAGAGGAAAUCAACCGUUUCUUUGCACAAGGUCAGUCCAUGACUGCCUCUCCUGGCUGGCAAACGACGCUGGGCUCAUCCCAGAACCGCUUGGGCCCCAGCUCCAUGGAGGGCUCGGCCCACCCCUUCCCACCCACCCGCACUGAUCCGAAUCACUGGAACGGCAGUGGCCUGGCAGGGUCCGCCGGGGGAGACCUUCACGCCUCCUCACUGUGGGGGGGGCCCAACUAUUCCACUAGCCUGUGGGGAAGCCCAAGCGGUGGCGACGGGGCGCGAAUCAGCAGCCCCUCCCCCAUCAGCUCCUUCCUACCUGUUGAUCACCUCACAGGAAGUGGGGAGGCCAUGUAGUAGUACGUUUCACCUUCUGACUUAGAAAUGAUAAAAAGAAAACAAACAAACAAAAAAAAAACUACAAAAAAAAAUAGUCAAAAAAAGCAUACAAACAACCUAAAUGAAUAAAUAACUGUGACCUCAGAGUUGGAGUAGUUUUAAAAAUAAAGAAAAAUCAUUAUCAUAUGAUCGAGACAGACGGGAAAAAAAAAGAAUAAGAGAAAAAUCAAACGGCACUAGUUGGACUCUCUUCACUUACAAAAAAAAAAUAUAUGGCGGGGUCGCCCUGUGGAAAUAAGUUACGUUUUUUUCUUCUCUGCACAUAUGUCCACUUUGUUUUAGCCCAAAACAUAUCAGUUUGAAUACUUGAAUCAUGCAGGCCAAUACUAUAAUGUGAAAUGUAUUUACACUUCCAGGUAGUGCUCUUCAUACAGAAAAAAAGCUUCAAUUGAGCUCGUGUUUUAUUCAUCAUGUUUAUUUGAAUUCCAAUUCUUUUUAUUUUUAUUUUUAUUAUUUGCAUUUGUUUGCUGACAAUGUUGGAGUAUGAGCUUUUUUUUAAACUUUGCACUGAAUGUGGUUUUUCUCCGUAUAAUCUGCAAUAUCGAGGGGGCCGGCAGUUCCAGUGUAGUUGUUUACUCAAGGAUGUUUUUAAAGUGUGCGCUCUACUAUGCCUUGAUGUACGCCUACCUUAUUGUGGUAUUGUGGAGUUCAAGAUCAAGAUAUAAAUGCUGACUUAGGAUUAUUUGAUGAUAUUACAGAAUUAAGUAUUGCACCAAUUUUGUGUUUUAAAACUAAAGAAUUUAGCUCUGCAGUGUGUAAAAACUGUAGCCACAGCUGUGACUUGCAAACCCGACCUGCAAGCCAGGGGGAACAGCACUUUCAAAUAGGCUUUCAAUUUUGUUUUGGAGGUGCCACAUCGUGCCCUCUUGUUUACAGACUUUUGAGGGGGAAAGUAUGCUCAUUCUUCCUUCAUUGUAAAAUAAUAAGAAAAAAAAAACAAAGAAAAAAAAUCAUAAAGGAGAAAAUACCAAAAAAAAAGUACAAAAAAUAUAAAAAGUGACAAAAAAAUUAACAAAAAAAAUUAUAUCGAGGAUGAAGACGAAGCUUUCUAUCUCUGGGAAUACUGAUCAGUGUUUGGCCAUGUUGUUGGUUAUUUGACCUAUUCCUCUUGUCUGCUAAAUAACCAGCAUGGUUCUCAGGAAAUAUAGCCAGUUUUCCCCUGUAGAAAAUUUGUAGGAAAAUCCAACUUCUAGCACUGAAAGUACUUAUAGCUCUGUAAGUUUUUCUCUGCCAAAUAACUGCUUUAAGCUGGAGAUGUUCUACAUACUGCUUUCAAAAAAAUAUGCUGUCUUUUUAAUAAUGGGUGGAUAUGGUUUGCUGAAUCACAAUAUUGUCCUAUUUUCUUUCCCUCUUCCUAAUGAGUGGCUCAAUGUUCUCCUGCUCUGUGACCGUCAAUGUACCUGUCAGACUUCAAAAGAAAAAGCAGAAAUCUGUAACUAUGCAUACUGUAGCCCUUGACACGGUCUACAGAAUUGCUUUUUCUUUUGUCAGAAGAAUUUUUUGUAUAUUCUCAGUAAUAGCAAUUACCUUGUUUCCAAUCUUUCUCAUUGCCAGAGAUGGUGUUCAAAACUUCUUCUUUUUGGGUGGGGUUGGGGGAGGGGGGUAUUUUUAACAGUGCAAAAGUCGUCCACAUUUCAUUGCCUUGAUUCAAAUUGUGUCCGAAGAUGCAACAAGUCAAGUGGCUUUUAACUGUUUACAAAUAGAAUAUGAUUGUAACGUGUACAGUUUGGUUGUGUUAAUCUGAAGUUCCUUACAAUAUUAAUAAAUCAAACAUUUUUGGCUGCUCAUACAAUACCUGUAUUCUUUUCCUCUCCAGAGCUGGUUUUGUCAUUGAAAAUGGCUUGCCUCUGUAACUGAAGCCAUGGAAGGCUAAAUCAGAGGUGAAUGUAAACUAUUGCUGGUAGUUGAAUACAAGAAAAGAUGUACAUAGAUUUACAGACGAUAUACAUUAUAAAUUGUUUAGUCAAAGAUGCACAAUAUAUGAAAAGCUUCAAAGAGGAGAGGAAGAGAUUUGUGAUUGAGAGAGAUGUCAGCAUUAGGCUAAGCCAUGGACCUUAAUAUUUGUUUAAGCUGUUAUGUUUUGUUUUUCUUCUCCAUUCUAGUUUUAUUUGAAUA